AUGGGACCAGCUGUCAAUGACACCGACAUGAGCAGCUUUGAGCCUCCCAGCAAGCGGCGCAAACUUCGAAAGGGCACGACAAGCUGUUGGGACUGCAAAAAGCGGAAAGUGAAAUGCACAUUCGAUGCAACAUCAGAUACAGUAUGUGUAGCUUGUCGUCGUCGAAACGCGCCAUGUAUUCGCCAGGACCAGCCGGAUGAAGUCCUUCUUCAGGAGGACGACAGCAGCCCGUCAUCAACACCGCUGCGUUCCGGCGAUGGGGUCAACAGGACCUAUCCAGCUCCUAGCCUCUCUUAUGAACAACUUCUUGAGCGCCUGCGAAGAGCCGAAGCAUUACUUGCGCGGUCAGAAGACCUAAGACACGACUCAGCAGCAAUCGACUUUGUGCAACUUCCGACACCCGGCUCUGCUGUACUAACACCGGAACAAAACCCUCUGCAGGCAGAAGACGGUGAAAACAUCUCGAUCGGCCUACGUCAAACGUUUCCUGCUCAGCGAGACCUCGAUCUCCUGUGCAGAUCGGACCGCAACGCGACCUUGUAUAGCUACAAAUGUCUCACGGGAUCCAGCAACCUCUUAGAGCACGAAUCAUUCGACAUUGUCGACGAAUUGGCCACGGUCCCCGACGCCUCUACUACACCCCCAGUUCUUAUGGCCAGGCAUAUGCUUAUCCUAGCCCUCAUGCUGCAGUACUUCCGGUGUAACGGAGCCGAUCGCCUAUCUGGAGACCCGAAUGCUCUCGCUGUGCGCAUGGUGGAUACGGCCGUUCGCAUGGUCAUCACCAACGAUCAACUAGUAGGCUGUAUCGAAGGGCUGGAAUGUAUAAUAUACGAAGCCAUUUUCCAAUCCAACGCCGGCAACCUUCGGCGAUCGUGGAUAGCUUUCAGAAGAGCCAUGGUAUUUGCGCAGUUGAUGAGGUUGGAUACACCCAACCCUCCACCGAUCAGUUUCUUAGAAAAUAAGCAUAGGGUGGGUCCAAAAUUCCUAUGGUUUCGAAUUGUUCAUAUGGACAGCUAUCUAAGCCUGAUGCUCGGUCUGCCCCAUGGAGGCCAGACUACGAACAUGGAGAUCCCUGUCCCUGGAGAGAGCCUGAGCUGCAAAAUCGAUCGAGCACAUACACUCAUCGCACGUGGUAUCGUUGACCGCAACCGAGGAGAUCCGCAUCAAAACAUCGAGGCUACCCGCAAACUGGAUCGCGACCUCCAGAACGUGACAAAAUCCCUUCCUGACAAAUACUGGCUUGCACCAAGUUUCACUAGACUGCAACCAAGCACUAAAGAAGCCUUUGAAGAGCUCAUGCGGCUUCGAGAUCAGCUUUACCAGUACAAUUUGCUUCAUCUUCUGCACCUGCCUUUCCUCUUACAUUGCGGCAAGGAUUCAGAUUUUCAUAUGUACGCCAAGAUAACCUGUAUCAAUGCGGCCAGAGACGUUCUUACAAGAUUUGUCGCGUUCCAAAAUUUUCGACCAAUCUCGACCCAGUCUUGUCACACAGCCGACUUCUUCGCGCUCAUGGCCGGCAUGACGAUUCUGAUCGCGCACAUAGACAGCUGUCGCUGGAAAGAUCAUAGUUUUCUAGUACAUCAACGACCCGGUGACCGCGCCAUGGUCGAGCAGCUUAUCGAAAAAUUGGAACUGGUUUCGACGCAGACGAACGAACCCCUCACAAGCAAAAGUGCUGAGCAGCUUCGGAGCUUGCUCGAGAUCGAAAGCGACGCUGCACGUGGGUCGAGUCAUACUGGUGAGAGCACUGUCGAUCGGCUUGAGGAGGGCUGCGGCGAGCAGUUUCAGCUCUCGAUACCAUAUUUUGGAAUUAUCAAGAUUUGUACAAAAGGCAUCACGAAAGAGGGGCCGAGUCAGCAGGCUCCUGGUGCUGACAUGCUUUUUGGCCCGUCGUCCUCAAACCUGAUGGCUGUCGAGAAUAAUGUCUUUUCCACCUUUGGUCCGGACAUUAGCGAUAAUAUAUCAUCUGACCUCCUUGCAGCACAGCCCAACACACAGAACUUUCAGACCCUGCAGUCUGGAUUGACAUCCUCUGAUGCGAUCUUCAAUACGCCACAACACUAUCCUGGACUGACCGCAGGAACGAAUGACUGGACGUUUCAGGGUGUAGAUGCGGCGUUCUUUGAUUCGUUGAUGAAGGGAGUGGGUGAUUGGGAAGAGACACUACUGGGAAUCUGA